GGUUUGAGAAGUCGCUGCGGGAGAAGAAAGGUUUCAUCAUCAAGCAGAUGAAGGAGGAUGGGGCUUGUUUAUUCCGGGCUGUGGCUGAUCAGGUCUAUGGAGACCAGGACAUGCAUGAAGUGGUCCGGAAGCACUGUAUGGACUACCUGAUGAAGAAUGCCGAUUACUUCUCCAACUAUGUGACUGAAGAUUUCACCACCUACAUCAACCGGAAGCGGAAAAACAAUUGCCACGGCAACCACAUUGAGAUGCAGGCCAUGGCGGAGAUGUACAACCGGCCCGUGGAGGUGUACCAGUAUGGCACAGAGCCCAUCAACACCUUCCACGGCAUCCAACAGAACGAGGACGAGCCCAUCCGGGUCUCCUACCACCGCAACAUCCACUACAACUCCGUGGUGAACCCCAACAAGGCCACCAUCGGCGUGGGGCUGGGGCUGCCCUCCUUCAAGCCAGGGUACGCGGAGCAGUCGCUGAUGAAAAGCGCCAUCAAGACGUCGGAGGAGUCGUGGAUCGAGCAGCAGAUGCUGGAGGACAAGAAGCGAGCGACCGACUGGGAGGCCACGAACGAGGCCAUCGAGGAGCAGGUGGCCCGAGAGUCCUACCUGCAGUGGCUGCGGGACCAGGAGAAACAAGCCAGACAGGUGAGGCCUCCCCCCCAGCCCCGGAAAGCCAGCGCCACCUGCAGCUCGGCCACGGCAGCGGCGACCAGCGGGCUGGAGGACUGGAGCAGCCGCUCCCCGCGCCAGCGCAGCUCGGCCCCGUCCCCCGAGCACCCCGACCUGCACGGCGAGAUCACCGCCCUGAAACCGCCCUCCCCGGGCGCCGCCGCCGCCCUGGCGCUACCCAAGCCGCCCUCGCCCUGCGCGCCAGGCACAAGCAGUCAGUUAUCGGCAGGAGGCGGCCGAGCGACCCCACCCUUAGUGUCCUUGUACCCGGCCCUGGAGUGCCGGGCCAUCAUGCAGCAGAUGUCCCCUACUGCGUUCGGUCUGACGGACUGGGACGAGGACGAGAUCCUGGCCUCGGUGCUGGCGGUCUCGCAGCAGGAAUACUUGGAGAGCAUGAAGGGAUCCCUGCACAGAGACAGCCCUGCCGACAAGAGUUGA